GAGAAAAUCUAGUCCUGUUUCUCUUGGAGCUUGGGAGAGGAUUGCAAUUCUUUGCCAAUUUGCGACAGAUCAUGGAAGAAUAGGUGGAGAUGUCACCAGGAAGAUGAAACACUGCUGAUUGUCCUUGGUUGCUCUUUGAGUAUUGGUUCCUAAGGCUUAUAUCAAGAGGUGGAGGGAACAAAAGACUUAAGUUGUGGAUUCCUCUCAGGGUGCCGCGGGCGGCCAGCCGCCUGUGGAACCAGUUAAGAUGAAGGGCCUUCUCAAGGGCCUCCGAUACAUCUCGCAAAUAUUCGAUCCCAAGGAGCCGGAGAUCCAGAUCGGGGCGCCGACGGACGUGAAGCACGUCGCGCACAUCGGCUGGGACAACAACUCCGUCGCCAACCCCGCCUGGAUGAACGAGUUCAAGUCGCAGCCGGGAGCGUCCGGGAGCGGCGGGCUGGAAGGCGCGGGGGCGGGGGCGGGGGCGGAGCAGCCCGGAGGAGGAGGAGGAGGAGGGGGAGGGGCGCCCAAGGCGGAGCAGUCGGAGGCGAAGCCUCGGCGGACGAGAGGGAAGGGGUCGGGGAGCGGCGAGGGGAAGCGGGAAGGGCGGCGGACGGCGAAGGCGGAGGCCUCGGCGGAGGGCGGAGAGGGGGAGGCGGCGGCGCCGAAGCCGCGGCGGAGGAAGCCCAAGACGUCCGGGGGCGGCUCGGGGUCGGGGAGCCGGUCCAAGCCGGCAUCGGGGGGUGCCGCGUCGGAGUCGUCCGCCGCGGAGGCGGAAGACGGGUGAAGCCGCGCGCUGCUCGCUGGUACGUACAUACGGGGAGAAGAAGCUUUUUUGAAUUUGAACUUGUUUUUUGUUGGGCUUGCCGCGAGGCCUCGAGCGAGACAUGGGCCUUUUUUGCUUGUAUUUUUUUUUCUUUAUAAUGCUACGUUGUUUGUUUUGGGCCUGUGCUUGGAACCGACUGCUUUUAGAAGUGUGUGUGUGUGUGUGUGUGUAGAUGUGGAAAUGGGCCAUCUGUAACGUGUGCUUAGCGUGUGUUAUUAUCCUUAUUACUUACUUAUCUGAGAUGGAAAUAUAUGACAGUUCACCUA